CUCAUGGAAUUCCAAAUCUCGGAACAGACAUUUAUUAAAUCACGAAGCAAUCAAAUCACGGCCAAUUAUCAGAAUAGUGAAAAAAAUCUGCAUUGAAAAAAUUCAUAUUUUUUCUUGGACCGUGUGUUGGUCGUUCUAUGAUUUGGUAAGACUUUGACUUGUCCGACAUUGAUUUGCCGUUCCUUGACUUGUCUGUUCCUUGAGUUAGCCCGACACGAUUAUUUUAUCUUUUUUUAAUUUAUUUUUAGAUAUUUAAUUUUUAAAUUAAAUAAUGAGUGGUGAUGAUGUUGGGGCUAUUGUUUUUGAUUCUGGUUCACAUAGUUUUCGAGUUGGCUUUGGAGGAGAGGAAAUUCCGAAGUUUGAAAUUCCUGCUCGUGUUGGUGUUCGUGAAGUAAUUGAAUCAGCUACGGAUGAAACAAUUGAAGAAGUAGCUUCUGGAAGAAAAGGAAUUAAUACAACAAAAAAGAAAUUUGAAUAUUUUAUUGGAACUUCUCAAAUAAAUGUUCCGAGAAAUGAAACAGAAAUUGUUUCUUAUAUGAAUGAUGGAAUGAUUGAAGAUUGGGAUAUUUUUGAAAAAGUUUUGGAUUUUAUUUAUGACAAAUGUUUAAUGGCAGAAAGUCAACAUCAUUCUGCGCUUUUUACUGAACCGCCGUGGAACAAAAAAGAUAAAAGAGAAAAAUUGGCAGAAUUAAUAUUUGAAAAAUAUAAUGUUCCGGCAUUUUAUUUAUUUAAAAAUGCAGCUUUGGCAGCUUUUGCGAGUGGGAGAACUGCUGGUUUAGUUGUUGAUAGUGGGGCAACACAUACUUCUGCAAUUCCAGUUUAUGAUGGACAUUGUAUUACUAACGCUGUUGUCCGUUCUCCCGUUGGAGGUGAUUUUUUGGUAGAACAAUGUAGAAAAAUGUUGAUAAAAGAAAAUGUUGAAUUAGUUCCUUACUACAAAGUUGCUUCGAAGAAAGAAGUAAAAGAAGGCGAAGAACCCAUUUGGACUUCACGUAAACUCCCUCCAUUAAUAACUAAAAGUUAUGAGAAAUUUAUGGAAGAUCAAUUAGUUGAAGAUUUAAUUCAUUCAACAAUGCAACUUUGUGAAACGCCUUUGGAUGUUGAAUUUAUGGAUAAAUUGCCUGCUGUUAGUUUUGGAUUUCCAUGUGGGUAUUUGAGAGAUUUUCAUGCAGAAAGGGCAAAAAUUCCAGAAGCUCUUUUUGAUUUAAAACACGCAGAUUUAAGUGAAGAAGAGCGAGCUUCACUAAUAAAUGUUGCACAAAUUGCUUUAAUGUCUUGUGGAAUGUGUGAUGUUGAAAUACGUCCAUCAUUGUAUAGCAAUUUAAUGGUUACUGGUGGAAAUUCUCUUAUAAUGGGAUUUACAGACAGAUUAAAUCACGAUUUAGCUCAGAAAUGUUUGAGUACACAAAAAAUUCGAGUCUCCUCUGCGCCAACAACAGCUGAAAGACGUUUUGGGGCUUGGAUAGGGGGAUCAAUCGUCUCGUCACUGGGAACAUUUCAACAGUUGUGGAUUUCAAAAGGAGAAUAUGAGGAAAGUGGCCGUCAAAUUGUUGAAAGGAAAUGCCCAUAA